CUAAAACCCUGCUGAUAAACCCUAAUUCAAAUUGCUGGAAUUUUUUUUUUAUAGUGACUUUCAUCCGCCAUUAACAAUGGUCAAGAACAAAGCUCAAUCCAAGAAGCAGCAAAAGCGUGGUGUCGAUUUCAAAAAAAUAAGAAGGAAGAUUGGAAGAAAAUUGCCUCCAGCCCAGAAUGCCACCAACACUGAAAUCAAAUCAAAAGCAAUUAUUCUACCUGAGCAAAGUAUAGCUUCAGAGAAGGCUGGUUUAGCUGUGAGCAAGAAAGGUUUAACCUUGAAAGAGCUUCUUCAGCAAACAAGUCAUCACAAUGCGAAAGUUCGUAAAGAUGCAUUAAUUGGAAUUAGAGACGUUCUUCUUAAAUUCCCAGCUGAGUUGAAACUGCAUAAGCUUGCUGUUAUUGAGAAACUGCGGGAACGUAUCAGUGAUGAUGAUAAGUUGGUCCGUGAAGCACUAUAUCAACUUCUCAAAUCUGUUAUUUUUCCUGGCUGCAAAGAGGAUAAUAAGGGGCCAAUUAAUUCCUUGAUGAUGACAUAUAUAUUUAAUGCAAUGACACACAUGGCUAUUGAAGUGCGGUUGAUGGCUUUCAAAUUUUUUGACCUCUUGAUCCAGAAUUUUCCAUCUUGCUUUUUGCUGUAUGCUGAAAAGAUUCUCCAGAACUACGAGGACAUUCUGCAGAAGAACAAAUUUUACUUGCAAGACAAGGGCAGGCUAAAGAACGCUCUUGCUGGGUUGGUUCACUGCUUGUCUCUGUUACCGUGUAGUAAUCAAGAAGAAGGCGACUCCUUAAGUUACAAUGUUGCAACUCGGGGUAGCUUGCAUGCUUUUGACCUUGAUCUCUCCGAUAAAUCUACUGAUCUUUCUGGUGUUGUCAACAAAUUGACAGAUCUCUUACCCGUUCUAGUUAGCUGCUUCCAGGACUUUAGUCCAUUAAUCCACUCCAUGGCCCAUGUCGAUGUGCAAUCCUUCGAUUGUAUGUUGUUUUUACUUCAAAGCAUUGAUCUUGUGGUCAGGUUCUUUGUUCAUGCGUCUGGCAAUAAUCAACAUGACUUCCAAAAUCUGGCACCUGCUUACAAGAAAAACAACCUUAGCAUAUGUGACCAAAGUAUAUCAGCAGUGACUUUAAAAAAGUUAUGGGAUGAGUUUCCCUUAAGUCCGAAUCAUUGCUUGUCAGAGAAGGACGGCGACCGAUAUUUCAUGCUGAAUAUUGUAAUUACAGAAAUAUUUUUGCAUCUAAGUUAUGGGUCCAAAUUAUCACCUGCAUUGCUGGAAAGAUUUCUGGAGUUCAUUGAGAGUUCUCUAUCUGAAAAGAUUCACAAUGGCAGAGAGGCUGGUAAAGUACAUCAUGAGAAGCAUUUAAUUUCACUGGUUGCUUUUAUCCCAAAACUCAUUAUGCAAGUGUCUGCUGCUUGGAAGUCACGUAUCCUUCAGGCUUUUACGACAGUUUUUGAGAAUUGCAGUCCAGAGUCCUCAAUGAAAUUGGCUUGCCUUUCUGUUGUUGAGGAAAUGCUACUUCCUGAGCAGAAUUGCCUUUAUCUGGAUUCCAAAGAUCUUGAAAUAUUAAAUCAUAGUACAUGGAUAGGGGAGCUUCCAAAGCUGUUGGUCCUCUUAGGUGAUAAACACCCAUUACAUGUGAAGGCUGUGUUACGUCUUCAGCUUCGUGUUGGACAAACUGCUAAUUUGAACAUGACACCGGCAAAAGAAUAUGACAAUAUGCAGUACUUUAUAAGAGCUUUUUACUGCACCUACUCCAAUGGAACUGUAAGCUAUGGUCCAUUCAUGAGGCUUCCUAGAGAUAUUCAGGAGCUCUCUGUAUGCUGCCUGUAUUACUUCCCUUUCUUGGACAAGGUGCUACUCCAGUCUUUAGCCUCAUGCUGCAUAUGUCACGAGUUGGAACCAUUUAUCCUUUUCCGAAUCAUGGAAGUUCUACACUCAGCCUACAAGGCUGGCCAUAUCCAGAUUGCAGAUUACAUUAGCUUCUUCAUCACUUUGCUUUCACGCUUUCAAGUUUAUCCUGAGAAAAUUGAUCCUACUGAGAAGCACGAAGUGAAGUCAAAUCGUGGAACUUUCAAAUCAGUUGUUAGGGCUGUUUGUUCUUGGUUGUCGCAGAUAGGGGAUGAUGUACUCGUUUUGCAGAUACUGGAGAAAAUUGUCCUUGAUGAGAUAUCUCACAAACGACCAGUAGACAACAUUUAUGGUUUUAUAAGAUUGCUUAUCACACUAGACUCAAAACCUACUAGACUUUCUGGACAAACUAUCAAUAGACUAAGCGAGGUCCUUCCAGAGUACUUCUUAGAUGUUGUGAAUAACAUUGCAGAGGAAGAUGACGAGUCUACUAAAUUUUUGAUUCGACAGACAAGGGAUUAUUACCUCCUUCCGUGUUUUUUCCUAUUUGAUAGGAGCAAUAUGCUGUUAAAUCAGAUAUUGGAAGUGAUGAAAUCAUUUAUCAGGGGAAAUGCUUCAUCACUUUUGCCUCAUCAGAAAGGUGCCUUGGCGAAGGAUCAUUCAAGCAGAAUUCUUUCUGUAGUCUCUGUUCUCUUACUUGUGCUUGGAGAUAUUAAAAUGCAGAAACUUCUUCUAUCAUGCAAGACAGCGAUUAGAAAUAUAUUAGAAAGCAUGCACACACUUGAGUCUUCUGAGGAUAUUACAAUGACAAUUGAAGAAAGACAUAAAAUUCGAAGUGCUUAUGACAUACUGACUGCAGCCGUUAGCACAUUGGAAUACGACUAACCUGGAAUAGUGUAUCUGAGACUUGAUGCAGUUCAUGGUAAAGAAAGAGAUCGACAAUGCAAUCGUCAUCCAAUUAUCUUUGAUGACAUCUAAAAGCUAAUGUUCACCAAUUGAGCGGGUAAGUAGGACUUUUGUUCUGAAGGCAUUUCUCAAUCAAACAUAAGGGCAUGUCUUGAAUCCAUAUCAAUUUUCAUAUACAUGCCUAAAUUUGCCAAGGCAAUGGUAUGUUGUACAUGACAUAAUUACAAUGUCAUAAGAAAAACAUCUCAUAUUGAGACUUAAUUUGUUUGCUGGGACAUUCUUUAAGCUGUAUUCCCUUGGAUAUAUCGUCGAUUUGAGAAUGCAGAAAAACUAUGGGACACCUUUGACAAACAGAAUGCAGUAUGCUAUAAGAAACCCAACAGCAUUCUUCCGAAAGUGUCUAGUCUGUUUUGCUGCAAGAACUCAAGAGACAUCUCUGCCAGUGGUGAACAUCUCAACCGCUGCUAAGUCACAGUGUAAGCUGUGUGUUGUCUUGGAUUCUAUCCAACCUCAACUCGAGUGAUGAUACGUAUACUAUUUGGCUAUUUUGGUUUUACCCGUCUGCUGUUUUGGCAUAUACAUACCAACUACACUCAAGAUUACAUCUGAUACGGAUUUCCUGUUGUAGUCACCACCCUACAUUUUGUAUCGACAUUUUUGAGUUUGUAUUUUAGCUAUAACGAGAAGAAGAGAAAAUUAAGCUACGAGCUCUUCUUCUGGCUGUUCGCGAUGAAUUAUACUAGUAAACGUUCUAGUAAAAAGUGUCUUCUUUAGAUGUAAUGCAACAAGAUGUAAUUUACCAUGUCUCAAUAUGUUUUUUUACGUGAAGUACGUCGAUUACGAAAUAUUUUUGAAGUAUUUUAUAUCUUUGCUAUGAAAA